UGUAACUAUUUUCCUGUUUAAAAAGCAGACUUGAUAGAUUUUGUAUUGCAUUGACUGACUUGACUUGUCUGUGUCUCAGAGUGAGCUGAGCAGGCUGAAUCGAGCUCAUCGUGAGCUGAAGGAGAGGUUUGAGGAGGAGCACCGUCAGAUGGAGGAGCUGCAGCAGAGACGCGGUGAGUUAGAGGAGCAGAGGAGGAGCCAGGACCGAGUGUUAGAGCGACUGCAGGAGGAGAUGAGCGCGGCGGUGACUGGGUCGGAGCAGGAGACGCUGAGGCUGCAGGAGGAGGUGGAUGCGCUCAGAGAUCAGAGCCAGAGAGAACUGGACACGCUACACACACAGCUACAUGACACACACACACAACUACAGACACACACACAUGCCACACAGGAGUAUCAGAGAGAGCGGUGUAUUUUGGAGGAGAAACUCUCUCGCUGUGAGUUUGAACUGAACGAGGCGGAAAUGAAAACUCAGCAGCUGCAGAGGAGAAUAAAAGAGCUGGAGGAGAAACAACAAACACACAAUGACAGACACAGCAAACUCAUGGAGGUGCGAGUGUGUGAGCUGGAGCGGAGUGUGUUAGAAGAGCGCAGCAGCUCAGACGCACUCAUGAAAAGACUGGAACGAGGACGAGAGCAGAUGGAGCAGGUGAGAGCUGAAGUGCUGCAGGAACGAGCCGCUCGACACGAGCUGGAAUGUGACAAGAUCCGUCUGGAGCGACAGAAUAAGGAUCUGCGGGGCCGUGUGGCACAGCUGGAGGGAUCUCAGCGCAUCGGUCAGGAUGCUGUGGUCUCCAAACUGCAACUGCACCUGCAGGAGCUGGAGGAGAGGCUGCUGGGAGAGGAGAGAGAGAAGAGUGAGCUGCAGCAGAUGAGCCGUAGACUGGAGCGCCGCAUGAAGGAGCUGACGCUGCACCUGGAGGAGGAGAAGCUGUCGCUGCAGGACCAGAGAGACCAGCUGGCUCUCCGUCUGAAAACCCUGAAGCGUCAGCUGGAUGAAGCCGAGGAGGAGAUCGAGAGAAUGGAGAACAACAGGAAGAAGCUGCAGAGAGACGUGGAGGAGCAGCAGGAGCUCAACGAUCAGCUGAAGAUGGAGAUCUGCGGCCUCCGCAACCACAUCAGGCGCAACACGAGACCCAAUAAAGCACAGACUCCAGCUGAUGAAGAUGAUGAUGAGGAGGAUGAAGAUGAGACUGACGUGACACUAGAUGGAAAAUAGCUGCUGAACAUGUAACUCAAGUAAUUAAUCAUCUGCAUUUACUAAUGUUACUACGGUAAAACGAGCUGUCACUCAAAACGAGGCUGAUUACAUCAGCAGGGAUAGGAUUAUGAAGCUGCUGAUCACAUGACUGAAUGGUCACUCUGAUAUAAACACCUGUAACAUGAAUUCUGUCACAUUCAGCUCAAAUUAUUCCUUAUCAUGUCAUCCGUGUCUAUUUGAUCAGAAGUCACUGUGAAAAAUUAAUAUGGUAUGUAUGUUUUAAUGAAGCUGUUUCAGGUGUUUCAGGUGCGGUUUGAGCGUGUGACACAGAUUUAAAUCCAGAUAUCAAAACUCUACAGUGUACAUGUACAGUGAACAUAUGAUACUCUUGAU